CGUAUUCAUUAAAUAUAAAAAUCAUUCUUUACAUGGUUUUACUGAUUCAUGUACAAGAUGACUGAGAGAAGGGGAAAUCAUCAUCAUCAGGCAUAGCACUACAAUUCGGUGGGAGCCUUAGCUUCCUUCCUAAUUUUUCUCCAAAUUGUUUAUCAUUUAGGAAUAAUGAACGUAAUUUUUCUAUACAAAGUAUUCUGGUUGCAGAGGUACAAAUUGUACAUACUUAUUUUCCUAAACAGCCUGUAAAGAAUACUUUCGCUUGUGCCCUGUGUAUGAACUUGAGCACAGAGCCUCGAAAACUGCUAUCUUUUGGUCACCAGCACUCAUGACGGUAUCUGCUAACGAUGAUAAUUAACAUUUCAUAGUUCGCCUAAUCACUUUUAUCAGAUAACGCAUUGCAACAUAUUUUAUUUUGCCAUGCAGUUCACGAGUAUUAUCGCAGGUAUUUGUGUUUGUGUGUUUCAUUUAGAUAAAAACAACAAUAAAUAACAGUAAAUAUUAUCAGAAACCAUUGUGCUGAUUAAAUGGGACCGUAGGUUUUGCUGCUCUUUGUUUCUGUUAGCUUUUAGAGGGGUCCCAUUUGAACUCUCCCUACGUUGAAUGUUUAGUGCGAGAAUCACCGAGUUCAAGUGUACAUUCGAAAUUAUUUGGCAAACAAAAGUGUUGCAAAGAAUUGAAUUGGACAUUAAUUUGCAAUUAAAUUGCGAGUACAAAAAAGAGAAAAAAUACAAAAAAAUAAAACACGAACAAAAAAAAAUACAACAAAAAAAUUACAAAAAAAAAAAUUAGAAAAAAAGUACAAAAAAUACAAACCCCAAUAUAAAAAAUAAAAUCCGACAAAAAAUAGUUAAUCUACCUUAAACGCGCGUUUGCUGUUGUUGGGCCACUUUUGUAAAUGGUCAAACUUUUUAUUAACAUAUAUUGUCACGCCUUAGAGUAUUAGAGAGCAAAAAUGUCCAAUCAAUCGGAAAUCGAUUAUGAUAAACAAUUCCAAGAUGAUUUGGCAAAAGCGACUGCUUUAAGCUUGGAGCAACAAGCACUUGAUGAUUAUCGACGCGUCAAGAAGUAUGGCACUGCCGCCCACUAUUACAAUGAACGCGCUCAAUCGCAAUCACCAUCGUUGCAACAUUCACAUUCCCUAAAUCAGCGCCAGCAAUCGACCGAAUCCGCGGUGGCUUUCUAUGCCCAGUUGCGUACGCGUUACCAGCAAUCACGCGGCAAUUCAAGCGAAACCACAGCACAACCGCCAAUGCCACCGCAUCGGCGUCACUCGGAGGCCAACAACAAUGUGUCGUUGAAUGUAGCCGCUGUGACGGCGGCGUCACGUGAACGUUCCAAAACACCACCGGCCACGCUGCCCGAAAGUGAUCUCAUUUCCUUUUCAAGCCCCACAGCAAAAGAGGCACAACCCAAUACUUUUGAAAAAUUAAUAGAAGAUUUGCAAAAAUUGCAGACGUCGAGUCAACAAACGGCACUAGUGCCAUUCGGUCCUGUGGCUGCGACGCCAAUGACUUCGAUGCAAGCGGCAGCUGGCUUUCGUGGUCCACCGCCUCCGCAGGCCACGCCCACACACAAUACUGCUUUAUACGCUGCGGCAGCGGCAGCGGGUGCAGCUGGUGGCGCCGGCGGCAAUUGUAUGCAGUUAGUGCCUUUUACGCCGUUGCCAACAGCGCAGCAACAGAAAGUGCCGCUAACAAGCGAAGAGUUGCAAAAACUUUACAAUAUGCCACUCCAGCAGCAACAACAACAGCAGCAGUAUUAUCAACAACAUCAGCAACAGCAUCAACUUAUGGCGGCCAUAAUGCCACCGGGCGUCGUUUAUCCUGCACAGCGCAUGGGCUUCGUACCGUCAGUGGGCGGUGGCUUUGUUGCACCAACGCAUGCCAGCAACUAUACACAGAGCGCACCACCGACAGCUGCUGCAGCGGCCGCUUAUAUACCUCCACAAUUUCCAUCAACGGUUUCCCAUUAUGGUUUUCAAUAUGGUGGCAUGCCACCAAGUGUUGCGCCUUAUUAUGGUGCCGCGUCGGCAGCAGCAGCAUCACCACAUAUAUCGUCCACAGGGAGCAAUGUUUCAAUAGCAGCGGCGCCAAUGCCGCUGACCAAGUCGCAGUCUGCUGCGGCAGCUAUAACACCGAAUGACAGUAAUAACAAAGGUGCUGGGGGUGGUGGUAGUAGCGGUUUCAUCGGUGCCGCUGCGGCUGGCGCGCGUCGUCCAACACCACCUGUGCGCAAAUCGCAACGCACUGGCAACGACUUGAUCGAUCUUAGUCAGGAGGAUGAUUCGCGCGUGAGUGUACUGGAGGCAUUCGAUCCUUUGCUCAAUGCGGAUGAAGCAGGUUGCGAUGAUGGCUCGGAUUGCACCUCUUACUAUGCGGAAUAUGACCCAUUCGAUUAUCUCUACAGUGGUGGUGGCACGCAGUACUCAGAUCCAGUUUACGAGGCUGUGAAUAAGUUGGAAAAAAGUGCCGUGAGUCCAAAUGUCUCCUCUAUUGGUUGGCGCACGGACUAUCUCAGCCGCGAUGAAGCACUCGCCACAGAUCCAAUCGCCACUGCCAACUCAACGCACUAUCAGCUCGAUGAUCAAUUGCCCAGCGGUUCACGUUCGCCCCCACCGCCGCUGCCACCACGCAAUAGUGGCUCACGUUCGCCACCUUUUCUGUCCGGCCUCUAUCCUACACUUAAGCAGGAUAAUAAUUUCGAAAGUAGCAGUCAAGUUGGUGCCGGCGCUGGUGCUGGUGGCUUCUAUUCCACUCCUAGCUCAGCCGUGCGUCCGAGUGCAACGCUGGAUCGUCGAAAAACCUUUGGCACGCGGCUGUAUGAAGUGGUUACCGAGCAACGCACCGUCGAUCCGGAGUUGUUGGAAUUCUUUUUUAUGGUUAAAGAAUUGCGUAUGCGUUAUUUGUAUAAUGACGCACAAACCAAUCCGGGGCAUGUCAUUGCUUCGGAAUUCAAUUAUCAUUAUCCGCUAGAGACGAGUAUUAAGAUUUUGGUGCAUCCCACAUUGAAGGCAUUGAUGCCACAUACGGAGAUGGCGCGCACGCAGGGGCAAGUGAAGGGUUACGGCAUGCCGGUGGUGUUUACAUGUGAUAUUAAUACGGCUGUGGAAUUGGUCAUUGAUCAAGCAUUUUGUUCGCUAGAGGGCCAAAUAAAGGGCACGCCCAAUGAUUAUGUUGUGAAGCCCAUCGGUGUCUCUGAAUGGCUAUCACCCACCUCCAAACUCAGCCAGCUUGAAUGUGUGCAUAACAGUCUCAAGUUGGAGCAAGAUGUGCAAUUGGGCUUAUGCGUUAAGUCCGAGGAGAGUAUGCAAGUGAUUGCACGUACACAAUCUGAUGAUAUGCGUGACGCCGAGUUGCGUGCCGAAGAUGUACUACCAAACGAAAUGGCUACCACCAUUAACUAUGAUAAUAUGAUGAUACUAAUAGAAACGCUCGAAACAGAGAUUGAUAAGUUAGAAUCUGCCGAUCCGAAUUCACGCUCCAUACUUUCAUGCUCGGGCGUUGUACAGGCGGCUAAAGCCAUUUGCGCGCUCCUCGGCUCGAUAGAUACGCUUGAAAUCUCUGCUUGCAUUACCGAUCUCAAGCGCAUAUGCGAAGAAAGUCAAGUGAAGUAUGCCGCACACACCACGGAAAGUAAUCCGGAGAUAGUCAGCGAACGCGGUGACUAUGCAGAAGUACGAAUGGUGCCACGAUCCAAGCUAGAUCAGAUAAAAUUGAAAUGCAGUCAGCUGCGUGAUGCCGUGCAGGAGUUGAUCGAACUAUAUUCAAAUGUAUUCCGUGUGGGAUUCUCUGUGAAAUCAGUGGAUUAUUCGACAACGCCAAUACCGGUUUCGUGUGUACUCAAACCGAUUGUUGUUAGCAUUAAUUGCCUGCAUCGGCCACCGCCCACUUGGCGUUACGACGACUACUCGCUGGGCGUGCAAAUCAAUUAUGGCACACGCUUUGUAUCCGAUCCAAUAGUUACCAAAUGUUCGAACGAUAUGAGUGGUGGAUUGUUUCCACGCCUAAAUUUCUCCUCAUGGCUUACAUUCGAAAAAAAUCCCAUUUGUACGCUGCCACGCGAAUCGCGUCUGAUAUUUGUGCUCUAUGGCACGCAAACGGCGGAGAAUGAGCAGAAUACAGAUGCCAAUGGUGAACGUCGGCAUGUGGCCACCGAAUUGGGCUGGUGCGCCAUACAGUUGUUUGAUCAGAAGCGCGAAAUGAUUUGCGGCUCAUAUUUGCUCUCAAUGUGGCCGCCAACGACAGACAAGUUCUUGGGACCCGCACCUGCACGUGGCUGUCAUCCUCAACCGGAUAUCUGUCCGGUAUUAAGUAUAGAAGUGCCACCUUAUGGUGGACGCAUACUGUUCCCCGAACCGUUAGAACAGCCGCCGCAAGCACCGCGUUACGAUUUCAAUUCGUUGGAUACAAAUUUGCAGCAAGAGCUGCUCGAUACCGCUGAGCAGGGUUAUUCGGGUGCAAAGGAUAAGCGUGAAGUAUUUUGGGAAAAGCGUCUGUAUUUGCAGAGUUUCCCAUAUGCAUUGCCGAAAGUGCUACACGCGGCGCACAGCUGGGACUAUGCUAGUCUGAUGGAUCUGCACUCGCUGCUGCAUUCAUGGGCGCCGCUUUCACCGUUGCAAGCACUGGAAUUGCUGCUGCCACGUUAUCCAGAUGCUAAGGUGCGCGAGAAGGCGGCCGAGUGGAUUUCGCAGCUACCCAAUGAUCAACUGGUCGAUUAUCUGCCACAAUUGCUGCAAGCGCUCAAACAUGACACCUACGAAGCAUCGGCAAUGGCACGCUUCCUACUCUGCAAGUGUUUGGAAUCGCCGCGCAUUGCGCAUCACAUGUAUUGGCUGCUGGUGCACAGUUUACCUGGCGAUGACCCGCAAAAUUCGAUUGAUGCCUCGUCGGUAGCAAAUGAAAUUGAUGAGUCGCUGAUAACACAAGCGCGCUACUAUAGGCGCAACAAGAUGAUGUUACGUGCGCUGUUGGCGAUCUGUGGUGAGCGGCUGCUGGCGCGUUUUCUCAGUCAGAAUAUGAUGUGCAAGAGUCUUGCUCGGCUAGCGGAGUCCGUGAAGGAGGCUAAGGAAUCGCUGCGCCAGAAAACUCUCUGCUUCGGCAUGGACACAGUACAUCAGCAGUUGGGUGAUAAACCCACAUCAUUGCCUUUGGGCCUCGAACUGGAAGUGACCGGCGUAAAUGUGCGCAGUUGUAGUUAUUUCAAUUCAAAUACGCUGCCACUAAAAAUCUCCUACAUCGGUUCAGAUGGCGAGGUGUUGCCGGCGAUAUUUAAGUCGGGUGACGAUUUGCAACAGGAUAUGCUCACCAUUCAACUCAUACGCGUUAUGAACAAAAUGUGGCUGGCAGAAGGUCUGGAUCUGAAAAUGGUUACCUUUAAUUGUGUACCUACCGGCUUUAAGAAGGGCAUGAUUGAAUUGGUGUCCGAUGCGGAGACGUUGCGUAAAAUACAAGUCGAAUAUGGCUUGACGGGAUCCUUUAAGGAUCGUCCGAUUGCUGAAUGGUUGGCCAAACAGAAUCCUAGUCAGUUGGAGUAUCAGCGCGCGGUGAAGAAUUUUACAGUUUCAUGCGCCGGCUACAGCGUUGCGACUUAUAUACUCGGCAUCUGUGAUCGUCACAAUGACAAUAUUAUGCUGAAGACUUCGGGUCAUCUAUUUCAUAUCGAUUUUGGCAAAUUUCUUGGUGAUGCGCAAAUGUUUGGCAAUUUCAAAAGAGAUCGCACACCCUUCGUGCUCACGUCCGAUAUGGCAUAUGUGAUUAAUGGCGGCGAUAAACCCUCUACAGAUUUCCAUUAUUUCGUCGACUUGUGUUGUCGCGCUUUCAAUAUUAUACGCAAACACGGUGAUCUCAUUUUACAUAUGCUUGCACUCAUGGCCACUGCCGGCAUACCGGGCGUUACAGCGGAUGCAGUGACUUAUGUGCGUGGCGCUCUGCUGCCAGAGCAAUCGAAUCCAGAGGCUGCUGCUUCAUUUGCCAAGAUGAUACAAUUCUCGCUGAAGAGUUGGUUCACACAAUUCAAUUUCUUCUUGCACAAUUUGGCACAAAUGCGUUUUAGCAAUGAUGAGGGCAGUGGUGAGCUGUUGUCCUUUGUGCCGCGCAAAUAUACCAUGCAGCAGGAUGGCCGCUUGAAAAGUGUAAUGGUAGUGCGUUGCCAGAAGCAUUAUGAUAUGGAAAAGUAUUAUACAUACAUUUUACAAGUGACGCGUCAUGGGCAGACCGAUCCAACGCAUUUAUUCCGCUCAUAUAAGGAAUUUACGGAAUUCCAUCAAAAAUUGUGUUUGCAUUUUCCGUUGGCGAAAUUGCAUAGUUUACCCAGCGGCAUGCAUGUGGGCCGUUCCAACGUCAAAUCGGUCGCAGAGCGUCGUCUCCCACAAAUUCAACGCUUUCUUAUCUCACUCUUCAAUUCAGCUGAUGAGAUCGCUCACUCGGAUUUGGUGUAUACGUUUUUCCAUCCCUUGUUGCGCGAUCAGCAGGAGGCUAAGUUGACGGUGUCGAAAGUUCGAGAAGUAAAGCAACCAACGCGGGAAAAUCCCUACGAAGUUGGACAGAUUAAAAUCUCUUUACAAUAUCGCCGCGGUGUAUUAACGGUGAUGAUUCAUCACGCGAAGGGCUUGCCCAUGCUGCAAGGUGGCCAAGAACCAAACACCUACGUCAAAUGCUACCUCAAACCGGACGCAACCAAAGUGACGAAACGUAAGACGAAGGUGGUGCGGAAGACGUGUGUACCGAGCUUUAUGGAAACGCUUGAGUAUCGCAUGCCAAUGGAACAUAUACAAAUUCGUACAUUGCACGUCACUGUCUGGUCACAUGACACUUUGCAAGAGAAUGAACUGCUGGGCGGUUUUCAAAUCGAUCUGAGUAAAUAUGAUUUACGCAAAGAACUAAUCGACUGGUUUCGACUUGGACCCAUGCCACGGAAUUGAAUACCAUAAAUUGAGUUUGUGUUCGAAACACACCAGAAAUAAUGGCACAUAUUAAGUGAAAAAUAAAUUUGCAUUUGUUCUUGGUUCGAUGAACGUAAAGUAGUCGGCAACUAGUUUGCCAUAAAAACAAUUACAAAAGGUUCGACGCAACGAGGUUUACGAAAACUACUUGCAAAGCAACAGUAUUUCUUCCGCACAUACAUACAUAAAUAGAUACCACUACAGGGAUGCCCGUUAAGGGGUUAAACAAUUGCAUGAAUAUACAAGAAAUGUUUACAAGCAAACAUGCCCACAUUUACAUACAAAGUAUACCGCAAGCAGCUGACACAGCCAGUAGGCCAGGAACCAAGUUCUGAGAGCACUGGACUCACAAUGAUGCAUAUAUUUUUAUAAACCAUUUUACUCACAAAUAUAAUAUGUCUAAGCGGUAGUCCCGUUCUAUAACUUUCUCUCUGCGUGAUUGCACUUAUGAAAUGGACAUUCCAAUUAUGCAUACAUAUACAUUAAAAGCAAAAGAAAAAAUUAAGAAUAAUGAAAAAAAUUAAAAACGUAAGCAAAAAAUGGAAAAUAUUAGAUAUAAACCACUUCAUCAUCUUAAUCACCAGCAAUGAGAUGCUGAAAUUUUCAGUGUUGAAUAUAUUUCAAAAACUUACCAUAUGAUUCAAUAUAGCGCCUAAAAACUACUGCACGGAAUUGCAAAACAAAAAACAUAGAAAUCAUAUUUGAACUGCCGUACUGCAAACACAGCCUACUUUUAGGCACUUCACUUGUGCAACUUGCGCGACUAUUGGUGAGCGAAUUUCAGCAUCUCAGUGCUAUUAAAUACCUGCGGCAGCAGUCUUUUGUUGCUUAUUAAAUAUUAACAGUUGCUUUUGAUUUUGAUUUCUGCAUUUUUAUGUUGGCACACAUUGCAGACGCCAGUUUUGCAAAUCGCAAAGUAUAUCAGGCAUGCAAGUAUAUACAAAAACAACAAAUUUACAAGAAAUCACCGAUUAAUAGUAGAAAAAAUUACGCUUUAUUUUGUAACAGAUUGAAGAAGAUAUUAUCAAAAUAUUUUCAUUUGAAAUUUAAAACAGAAAUUUAGUUUCAUGUUGUGUUUUAUGGUAGAAAAGGGGCAUUUAACAAUUUAACAGAAAUUAAAAAAAGGAACGCAGUAAGAUAUUUUUUCAAAGGAUUUAAACUCGUUCUAAAAUAAUACCUAAGAAAUUAUGUCCUUUUUCUGUUCUUUCUUGUAGAACUGCCUUGUUGUAAUUUCUGAAAGUUUUAAAAUUUAUUAAAAAAAACAUCAAUUUGUGUUGAAUAGUAUACAAGCGGGUUUCGAAAGGAGUUUGCCCCUCCCAUUCCCAUGGCAGCCGGUUCUACGUUACCAGAAUAACUCGGGGUUUUCCCGACCAAGUGCUGCCGCCGCAGUAAACUAGCCCUGUCUAGUGUACCGUACCCCCAUACCACAGUAGUUUGCCCCAAAAGUUGCACUAAUUGAAAUAUAUUCUUGCGCUCGCUUGUCAUACUUUCUGCUAAAAUUUGAGUGCUAUACCCAAGGCGCAUUGAGUUGGUAGUAGCAGGUUUGACAUGUUUUUCUAUUUAUGUGGUCUCGUAAUUGUUAAAUUUGGUUUAAAUCAAGGCGAAUCUAUUAAAGGUGGUGUUGGUAAAUCAGCUGAUUUGUUUUUUUCUUUCGCUGUGUCCAUGUGGCUACCAGCACAGAAUGAAACAAGGCGAAUACAUUUUUUCUUUUCUACUUUUCCAAUACUUUGCCGCGACAACCAAACGUACAAAACUUUGUUUUUGGCCACCACCUUUAAUAAAUGCGCCUUAGUUUAAAUCAUUCUAAAUUGCCAGUCUUUGUUUAUAUAUUUUGACAAUCGGAAUUUGCUCUAUUUGCCACUACUUCUUCAAUGUGCCUUGACAAAGUCCCAAAACAGUACAGAAACGUAUAUGUGUAUUCAAAUUUCUGUUUUAUCUUCUUGCAAUUUAUAUACAAUUUUUGAAAAUACACUCAAAUUUAUGGGGAUACUUGAUUACUUAUUUUUUUUAACUAACUAUUUCAUUCCAUAUUCCACUGUUGCUAAUACACUUAGUCUAUUACUCAAUUAAGCUUAAAUGCCCUAUCAUUGACUCGUGCAUCGCGAAAUAUUUUUGUAAUCAGUGUCAUCGGUGAAAUCUUUGAAAUUUAUGCUAACUAAAAAUGUAUACGAAAAAAUUAUGCUAUAAACUUAUUUAUGUAUUUAUGUAGAUUUAUUCGGGAUUAAGUGCUGUCAUAAUUCUGAAGUUUUUCUGUUUCACACUUAAAUUUAUUUUCAUGAUUUUGUUGCACAAUUUGUCUCACCUACUUAACCGAUCAUUGUUGUUCUUUUAAUUAUUACGUUCAUGUAUGGAUAAAAAAAAUGCUCUGUAUUGUUAAUAUUUUUGAUAAUUAUUUAUUUGCGAUAAAUGCGUUUUUGCGCUAUUUGUUAGAAAUCUAUUUUAAUUUGUAAGCUAAGCGAAAAUCUAUAAUAAUUAUUAUAAUUGCUUUUGAAUACACACAAAUUGCAUUUUUUUUAGCUUAAAAAUAUUGUAAAAAGUAGAAACGAAAAACUAAAUAAAAUCAAAAUAUUAAAAACCAAAUAAUACAAUA